AUGUUCAGCAAGUCGACCAAGGGGAUAGAACGUAAGAAGUCUUAUCUUUUCAUGUCUGUGGCCCAGAGAUUGGGGCAGCUAUAUUUGGAGAAACUUCUGCCGCUCGAGGAGACGUACCAGUUUGACAGGUUCCACUCUCCAUCACUCGUGGAGGCCGACUUUGAUAACAAGCCCAUGGUGCUUCUGAUGGGCCAGUACAGCACAGGCAAGACAACCUUUGUCAGUUACCUCCUCGAGCAGGAAUUCCCGUGCAUGCGCAUUGGGCCUGAGCCCACCACUGAUGGCUUCAUUGUCCUCAUGCAUGGUGAGGCCGAGAAUGUUAUGCCAGGCAAUGUCGCUGUGGUGGACCGACGCUUCCCCUUCCGCAACCUCACCAACUUCGGCAACGCCUUCCUCAACCGCUUCGUGUGUGUCCAGCUACCCAACGAGGUCCUGGAAAGUAUCAGCAUCAUUGACACCCCAGGAAUCCUUGCUGGAGAGAAACAACGGGUCAGCAGAGGUUAUGACUUCAGCGCGGUCCUUCAGUGGUUUGCUGAGCGAGUGGACCUCAUCAUCAUGCUCUUUGAUGCCCAUAAACUGGACAUCUCAGAUGAGCUUUCUGAGGCAAUCAAAGCCCUCAAGAACUAUGAAGAUAAGAUGCGAGUGGUGCUGAACAAGUCUGACCAGAUUGGGACUCAGCAGCUGAUGAGGGUCUACGGGGCCCUAAUGUGGUCCCUGGGCAAGAUCAUUAACACCCCUGAAGUGAUGAGGGUGUACAUAGGGUCCUUCUGGUCCAAGCCCUUCUUGAAUACUGAGAACAGCAAGCUCUUUGAAGCUGAGGCUUUGGAUCUCUUUAGGGACAUUCAGAAGCUGCCCCACUAUACUACUGUUAGGAAAAUGAAUGACCUGAUCAAGCGAGCCAGGCUGGCCAGGGUUCAUGCCUACAUCAUUGGCACCCUCAAGAAAGAGAUGCCUAUGUUUGGUAAGGAGAACAAAAAAAGGGAGCUGCUCAACAACCUGAAAGAUGUUUAUCAGAAAAUUGAACGAGAGUAUCAUAUUUCUCCUGGAGAUUUCCCAAGCAUUCCAAAGAUGCAGGAAUUGCUUCAGACUCAAGAUUUCUCCAAGUUCCAGAGCUUGAAGCCCAAGCUCUUUGAAAACCUGGAACAGAUGCUGUCCAAAGAUAUAGCUCGGUUGAUGUUUAUGAUGAGAGAAGAAGAGGCUGCUGCUGCUGCUGCUGCUGCUGCCACUGCACAAGCUGCUGCCCUUUUGGAGGAGGCCACAGGGGGCCUGGCUUUACCUAACGUGAUACUAUAA